GACAAGUCAAAACAGGACGAAGGCUUUUCAAGAGAUAAGUGCUUCGUUCAUCUAAGCUCCCUGCGAGUCUUUAAGCUCUUCACCAAUCUGCGAGAGAGAGAUGAGUGAUAGGAAUACCCUUUACCAGUGGGCCAAUCUUCCAAAGGAAUUACUGCAAAAAAUUGGAAAACACCUUGAUUGUCGCAUCGACGUGUACCGAUUUCGGGCUGUGUGCACUUCAUGGCGAUCCUCUGUUUCUCCCUCCUACAGGCAAUCAACUCGCAUCCCUCUCAAGCUUCCUCCCCCAAUCUUUGCAGACGCUUUCUUAUCUCCUGUCACAAUCUGCCGUCUCGAACAGGUGGAGGACAAUUUCAGCUCUUCGAGCUCUAAUUCUAUGGCCUGGUUGACUAAGGUGGAGGAGUCAACGGUAGGCGAUAUGCAGCUUUUGAUGCCACUCUCAAACCGCCAAAUUAAAGCUUUAUUCUGGCCUGUUCCCAAAAAAACGUUGAACUUAUUGAACUUUCGUUUGGUGGAAUUGGCUAAAGCUUGUACUCUUAAACGUGCAAAAGGCCGUCCAGUUCUUGGGAUUGAUAAGAUGGUUCCGUUUCCAAAUACCAAUCUGAGUAAUGAUGUUAGUAGCAGUGAUUUUGGGCUUUUUGCUAUCUUUCAUGAAGGAAAAUUGGGUUAUUGGAGAAAUGGAGAUGAGAAUUGGAAUCUAUUAGAUGAUAGGAAUUUUCAUUACGAUGACAUUAUAGUAUACAAGGGACAAUUGUAUGUUAUUGAUAGAUGUGGAACUGUUUCUUGGAUUGAUUCUUCAUUGAAUUUGAUUCAAUACUCACCUCCACUAUACGGUUGUGGUAGCAAGAAGAAUUUGGUGGAGUCCUGUGGGGAUCUUUAUGUUGUGGAUAGGUACCUUGAUGGAGAAAGGAGGACAUGGCAAGGCAAUGAAGAUGAGCAUAUAAAUCAAUACUUGCUUUAUCUUGUUAGAAACUACCGAAGAAGUAGAGCUAAGACAGUGGACGUCAAAGUUUAUAAGCUUGAUGAAGAUUGGGGUACCUGGGUAGAUGUGAAAACAUUGGAUGAUCGAGUUUUUGUUGUGGGAAAUGAGUGUUGUUUCUCUUUUUCUACUAAAGAAUUUGAUGGAUGGGAUGGGAAUUUCAUAUAUUUCAAUGAUCCAAGCGAUGAAGAUUGCAGAGGAGAGUUAAGUGGUUAUGUUGGUCACGUGUUCAGAUUAAGCGAUAGAAGCAUAGGGAAAGCAACACAUUUCCUUGGCAAUUCUCAGAUAUCGAAGCUACCCUCUUAAUUUUGUUCAAAUUUUCUUUGAUAACAAAUGUAUGUGUGUUUAUUUGGACUUAGACAUGUAUAUAUUUUCUAUGACUUCUUAUAGACGAUCAAAAAUUUUCUUUUU